AAAUCCCAAACAGUUAUCAUUAACAGUAAUAUAUAAAAAGUUUGAGGUAGGUGUCUAGACCGAGACCUCUGACCAAAAAUGGAGUUCUUGGACGAAGACGCGAGGCCCAGGUUCCUCUUCCAAGCUCGCCCAAACCCUUCUUCUUCUUCUUCAUUCACCGACUCACCACAAACCCACCAAAAACCCAGCAAGCCAUUCCUCUUUAUCACCAUUUCCAUCUCCUCCAUUCUUCUCCUUCUUUCUCUUCUCUUCUUCCAAUCCGAGCCCCUCAGAUCUCUCCUCUUCUGGCUCUCCCUCUCUCUCCUCUUCGGUCCUUUCGCCCCAGUCUCCGUCACCGGCGGUGAUAUCCGCGUCGGUCAAGGCCCAAUCCUCGAGUUCCCAAAUCAAGAAACUGAAGCAUUGGAAGAAACCAAUAAGAGGGUAUCCCAAAAGAGACAGAAACCGCGUAGGAAUGAAGAAUUCGAUGCGAAUUCGGUAGUUUCAGUGGAGAAGGCUAAUGGGUUUGCGAGAGAAGAGAAGGAGGGUGGGAAAAAUGGAGGAGGGAGAGAAAGUAAAGAUGGGUUUGGUGUGGAGGAAGAAGAGAAGGAGUGGACUGAGGAGGAGAUUGAGGUAUUGAGGAAGCAAUUGAUUAAGCAUCCGGUGGGGAAACCUGGGCGGUGGGAGGCGAUUUCUGAGGCAUUUAGAGGGAGGCAUAAGGUGGAGAGUGUGAUCAAGACAGCAAAGGAAUUGGGGGAGAGGAAAGUGGAAGAUGGGGAUUCAUAUGCUCAGUUUUUGAAGAAGAGGAAGCCGUUUGAUAGGCGAAUUGAAGGCGGGGAUGGAGAAUUGGAUGCUGGGGUGGUGGUGGAGAAUGGUGAGGAUAGGAAAGAGAGUGGUGGUGGGUGGAAAGGUGAGGAGGAUAUUGCAUUGCUUAAUGCAUUGAAGGCUUUUCCUAAGGAUGUGGCCAUGAGGUGGGAGAAGAUUGCUGCUGCUGUGCCCGGGAAGUCGAAGGCGGCUUGUAUGAAGAGAGUUACUGAGUUGAAGAAGGGUUUUCGAAGUGCAAAGGCUGCUACUGAGAGUUAGAUAAAGGAUACACUACGGAGGAGGGAAUGUUAGAAUCACAAGAUUGGAGCUGUUACCAUUAUGAAAGCUGUUAAUCCACUUAAAUUGAAGUUUAGGCAGUCAGUUUGUCUCAAGAUAGAUAGAACAGCACUCUUUUCAGCAGUCACUGUUCUUAUCUACUGGUUUUGGUGCAUCAGCUUGACAAGUCCAAGCAAAAAUUGGCUCUAUUGUUGAUGACAUUCAUAGGUUAAAAGCCUCUUUUAUCUCUUGUAUUUUCAAGAAAGUGGACAGAAAUACAGCAGAAGAAGCUCACUGAAAUGCUAAGUUUAGUUUGCCAUAAUGAGGAGAUCAAAACAUCCAGUCAAUACUGCAUUACUGAAGCAUUGUUAUGGAGUUUGUGCAGUUCUUUAUUGGGUUUGUACUUUUUUAUUUUUUUCUCUUUGUAGAAUCGUUUUCUGAUCCAUCUAAACUAUUCCCUCGGUAGUUUUAUUGUGAAGCUAUCUCUUGAAAUGUGA